CUCAUUUCCUGGUUCUUCGGAUACAUUAAGGCGUGGAGUUGCGACGUUAUGUGAUUGCAUGGCAUCAUUACAAGACUCCGUUCUGUAGUGAGCUAACGCUGUUCGAAGGCAGCGAAGCAAAAAAACAUUCUCAAGGCCUCGGGGAAGGACGGAAGCAACGACACGGCUACUGAGCACAGCGCCGCUGUCUCUGAAGAGAACCAUGGCAUUUCCUCUAGUCUCCGUUUGACUGUGAACAAGCCACUGAACCGGACAGCAGCGUGCCCUGAUUAAUUUGGUCAUCAAACCAACGCGGUGAUUGUUUGAGAAAAUGAGGUGCACGGCAUGGCAUUGCAUCUUGUUCAUGUUUCUGCAGCUGAGUAACCAAGAAAACUCCGGCGAACAACAAAAUUCUGGCGUGACUGUCAACACUACAACAGGGUGCUUGAGAGGAAUGGUUGUCACCACAAAAACCAAACCAGUGCGUGCGUUUUUGGGUAUUCCUUAUGCGGAACCACCGGUAGGCACAACUCGAUUCAGGAAAACAGAACCACGAAGACCAUGGGCGGGAGUCCUUAGCGCAACGGCUCUGCCACCAAUGUGCCCUCAGUUACCGUUGAACUUCAACAGCUACUAUCUGGUUAAGGACACCGAACCCAUAUCAGAAGACUGUCUUUUUCUUAAUAUCUACAGUCCACCCACUAACGGCACAUCCCUGAAGCCUGUUGUCGUUUACAUUCACGGAGGAUUCUUUUCGUACGGUGGUAUUUCAAUGAAGCUCCAUGACGCUUCUGAGUUGUCGGCCAGAGGAGAUGUAGUCACGGUUACUGUCGCGUAUCGGCUGGGUGCCUUCGGAUUUCUUAACAUGGGCACCGACGAUGCCCCAGGUAACAUGGGCCUUCAUGACCAGCUCCUAGCACUGCUCUGGAUAAAAAACAACGCCAAGGCUUUCGGCGGAGAUCCAGACCAAAUAACGUUGAUUGGUCAGAGUGCGGGGUCUUAUUCUAUAGCUGUACACUUGGUGUCUCCUGGUAGCAAGGGUCUGUUCCGCCGUGCCAUCAUGCAGAGCGGAAGCCCUUUCACAACUACGCUUGAGAACAGCAAGGAUCAGGCGCGUCACAGAGCCCGUGUUCUGGCAGAAAUGCUUGGUUGCGGUUCACCAAGAAAGGACUCAAGAAGUGUCAAAACAACGAUUAAUUGCAUGCGAUCAAAGAAUGUGGCAGAGAUCUUGAAUGCAACUGGCAGUUUCACAACCCAGGGUCUCGAUGGUUUCUUCCCAGUUGUUGGAGAUGACCUGAUACCCGUAAAACCCGGGCAAGCACUGAAGAGUCGAGAGCUAAAUGCGCGCGAGCUACUGGCCGGCAUUUCAUCGGCUGAAGGCGAUGGACUCCUAGACUUUGUGGCUAAGGGGUUCCGGGAUGACACCGAUGCGGCCGACAUUACAAAAAAGACAAUGAUUUUUUUCGCUAAAGGUAUGAUGAUCACGCUGUUGGACCGACAAUCGGAGUCAGUCAUCCAUCACUAUUUCGGUGGUUCGAAUGUCCGCGAUGGCAUCGAAUCUGUGCACGCGGCGGCUGACCUGCUGGGUGACAGCCAGCUGGGAUGCCCAACGUUAGGGUUUGCCAAAAGGUUUCUCGGCUCAGACACGACUGUCUUCAUGUACCAAUUCUCGCAACAGCCAUCAAAUAUUGGGUGGCCAAAGUGGGUGCGGCCGACUCAUGCGGAUGAAAUUGCGUUUGCCCUUGGAUCAGUAUUUAAACUUGAAAGUGACGUCUCUGAGGACGACGCCAAAGCCGCGGAGAACUUCAUGCACAUUAUUUCUGCGUUCAGCCAUACCGGAGUACCACAUGUUCCGGACGGCACUCCCUGGCCGAAGUUUAGUCAAGAACAACAUUACAUGGAAAUUGGAAAAGAAGGCAACGUCAACCAAACACACCUUCUUCAGUCUGUGUGUGACAUGUGGGAAGAACUGAGGCCGUAUGAGUGAAGUGCCAAUCUAGAGCACCAUUCUGACGCGCCAUACUUUUGAAGGCCGUGGAAAGCGACAUGCUGACUUAAGCGGGGCUACUGUUCAGUGCAAGCAGGAUCAUGUCAACCAUUGCACAGAUCAUUAAGAUGCGCGCACUAAACAUACCGCAACUGAAAUCACGUGCUACAUUUUGUCGGUUUUUCUGGUAUGAGCAACAAUUUUGUUGAGGUUCGUGCGUUUUCCCACCUCAGCUUGAUAGGGAGCGCUUAUUUAUUAUUUUCAUUGCUGUCGUUGCUGCGGCUGACCUUGAACAGCUACAACAAAAAUAUAACGAGAAAAAAGUAAAUCCAGGACGCUUAGUUUAUACGAUACGUUUAUACGAGGCAUAAACAAAAUAAAAUAGAUUAACGUCUUCAUGAAUUUUAAGUCAGGGAUUGACAACAUGCCCGACCACCCAACAUCAUCAGCGCUGCUGGAAGCUCUAGUAAGCUAAAGAUGGUCCGCUGUGACCCUCAACAACAUGUCUUCUGACAAGCUAUUCACGCUAGACGCCUCCCUUAAUACAAUGAAAUAAUCAAAUCCGCAGAUAAAUCUGCAUGAAAACGUUACUUCAUAUAAUCUACUAAGUAUGACAGGGAAAGUUCAGAUUUCGCUGUAAGUAACCGAGCACGUAGAUCAAAGAAAACCGACACUGGUUGCCCAUGUGCAUAUCAAUUCCAGGUCGAUGCCAAAUUUCUCUUUCCUAAGCUAGUGUCUGCCUUGCAGACUCCAGCAGACGCGAUUGAGUUAAAUCACUGAUCGUAUCCGACGUUGCCCGCCGAAGUCGCUCAGCAGCCUUUGCGUUCAACUGAUAAGCACGAGGUGCGGGUUUGGUUUCCUAAUUCAGCAGCUCUAUUCGGCUGAGGGCACAAUUAAAACCACUCGCGCAGUUAAACGUAUGUGCACGGUAAAGAAAUCCAGGUGGUCUAAAUUAAGCCAUAAGAUCCUACCAUGGUGCGAAAGUAUCGUGCACUUUUUUUCUGCAGGCAAACUUGUUUAUUGUUUCCAAUUAGCCAGUGUUGCGCCCCAAAUCGGCCACGCACAAUCUUUGGCGGCUUCCCCAGAAUCAGCCUCCUUCACCGGCACCCAGACGACGACAACAGUGCCCGACACCGAUUGUGACGGGUAAACAAGCGGCUCUCCUAAAGAACCCCUCACCAGGUCUGGCCAUUCUGAGCUGACAAGCGCAGAGCAUACAUUGCGCGAUAACGAUCAUAUCUGCAAAGUAUUACAUCUCCACGCGCCGCAGAAAGAUCUCAAAGUUCAAAUUGAACUCAGGUUUCCCUUCUCGCGGCCGCCGCGCUCCAAGCCGGAGGAUGACUUACACGUGUAGUGCGCCUACGUACACGUGUUUGCACUGUGAUGUCGCUCGUGGUUACACAUGUCUUCAAUAAUUAUUUAAGGCAACAUCUGUUGUUUAUGUAUUAUGUUGCUUGAAUAGACGAAUUAAAGCUUAGAGAAAUAAUAAAACACACAAACCGAA